GGUCGUUAGAACUUCAGUAGUAACUUGGUGUAGCUCACAAACAGUUCGCAUCCAAAACUUACAGUAAAAUUCGUAGUGGUUAUUUCAGUUAUCAUUUCAAAAUUUUAAGUGAAAAAAAGAUUUUCUUUUAUAAAAAUAACGACGACAAGAGGUUUCGUGAAUAUUUCUAUAAUUUGCUAGGUCUUUAUACGAACCUAUUUUUGAUACUCUGAACGAAUUUGACCCUCAAGAUGGCAGACGAAGCAAUGGAAAGCGAGAGCAUGACUGUGGGAUCGUGGGCGACCAAUGGUUUUCUAAACUACAUGCGUCAACUUCGUAAGCACACUAACCCCAUGAGUUGGAUGCAGUUCGCCGAGGAAAGUGCCAGGAGCUGGAAAAAAAUGAGCCAGAAGGAGAAGAAUAGCUAUCGCGAUAUGGAUAACGCCUUCGAGGACAAUGCCAUGUGUGUUGAUGAGGACCGCCAGAGAUCCAGUGAGAUGUGCAACCAUCCCAUGGGCAAGCAGUCCAAAUCCAAGUCCUGUGCCAAGCCGGUGAGGUCCUGUCCUAAGCCCAGGAAGUCCUGCGCCAAGCCAAGGAAGAAGGCGGCUUGUGGCAAGCCCAAGAGAUCGGCUUCUGCGAAGCCCAGAAAGCCGGCUUGCCCCAAACGGCAAAGUAAGUGUGGCACCAGGCCAAAGUGCAGCAAGCCCGGUCCGGUGACCAAUAAUGGCUACCUGAACUUUGUGCGCUCCUUCCGCAAGAAGCACUGCGGCCUGAAGCCGCAGGAACUGAUCAUGGAGGCAGCCAAGGCCUGGUCCAAGCUCCCGGAGGAGAAGAAGGAUCGCUACCGUCGCAUGGCCUGCAAGGUCACUAAUAACGAACGCCACAAGCGCCGUCGCGUCUGCAGACGCUGUUAAUAUCCAAUGCGGGUGGAAGUGAGUCCCAAUAUCCGAGUCCAAGUUCCGUACGCUUUUCGGUCUGUAAAUUGUGGUUUAUGCAUUCAAAAGUAAGAGCGUCGUCGUUUUCGAAAUAAAGAAAAAACAUUUUGGCAUAUAAAAAAUUUAAAA